AUGAAGCUCGAAUUUUUGCCAAUCGUUCUUUUGGGUCUAGCAACCGUUAGCUCAUCUGCUCCAAUUGAUUCAAGAGUAAAUUCCCAAGAUAUCAUCAAGAGAGCUGACGUGACCCCAGAGGAAAGCAAGGUGAUCUCCAAUGGCAUUGAUCAUGUCGAAGAAAAUGCAUCUGAAAUCAAGCAGAGGCUCCAAGCUUUGGAAGAAAAAGCUAGUGCGCAAAUUUCCAAGGAUAAGGCGGCGGCGGCUCAGAAAGGAAUCUCUGCUAAGAAAGCUUUGUUGCUUGGAGGAGGCGCUGGUCUUCUUGGUAGUAUUGGCGGUAGUUACUUUGGUGGUAAGGCAGGAGGCUUUGUUGGGGGUACUGUUGGUGGAGUGGUUGGUGGAGAAGCAGGUGCUAGUAUACAUGAUAAAAACUCUACUCUGGUGGCUUCUGUUCAUUGA